UAGACCUGGUAUUAAAAUGCGUCAUGGUAUUAAAACGCAUGUUAAUACCAUGUCUGAACAGGGUCAAUGUGUUCUUGUCAGAUAUUAUUUUAAACCUGUUACCAUAAAAGUUGGGAAAGAAUUGGAAUUGAAAGAUUUCUGACGAGUUUUAUCUGGAGGACUACGUGCUGUAGGUUUCAUAGCUCUACUGUACAUGAGCACUUUGUUAAAUGGCAUGUCUCCUGGUUGACAACAGGCCAAUGCAGACAUCAUCCCUACAGGGAGCAAAGACUUUUCAAUAUUUGAUCCUUCCGUUAUUCCUUUUUGCAGCGUUCAUGUAUGUGAAGGUCUGUCCUACUGUAUUAUUUAUAGGAACACAUUCAGUGCAUAUGGGACUGAAUGUGAAGCCAUGCAUCCCUGCACCACUGCAGCAUUUCAUAAAGGGAAUAAUGCGAAGGAACCACGUUGAUAAGUGAGCCUUGGAGGUGCUAGUAGGCAGAUUUUGUUACUUUUGGAUGGAGCCAGGCUUGAUGUUUCCCUUUGAUUCCAGCAUCUAUGCUAAGCUAAGCUAACUUCCUGCUGGUGUUCUCUCUUGUUUAACAGAAAAUGUGCCCCAAAAGUGAAUAUUUAUUUUAUGUUCUGAUUGUUUCCAGGUGAAAUAUGUGUAGCUGUGAAUAUGAAGAUCAUUAAAAAACACAGGUUAAGCAGAAGCUUAAAUGAAGGGGAAAAAAAUAGCAGUGGUGAUGGUGUGAUUGCAAUCAGUGGAGCAUCCCGUGACUGCCUCCCUGCACACACUGGGAGCAGUUGUAGUUUAUAAGAUGAGGGGAGGGCGUGUGUGAAGAGUCUAUGUUUAUAGACUUCCAGCAGCGGAGAAAUCAGUUUCAGCAGCUGUACCACAGAUCAGAGGGACACACGCUGCCAUGUGAUUUUCAUUACUGCAACUCGGGGAAGAGUUCAACUGUGGAAGUAAAAGCAAUACAUGAAGAAUCAAGGAAAAGGCAACACUGCUGCCAGCGUCCCCCUCUCUUCCCCACCAGGGAGCAGCAGUGUGCAGGUCUGCCAUGACUACCAGAGUGUGGCUUAUAAGAUGUAUCCUGGGAAUGGUCAUGCUAUAGAAAAUGGAUCUCACACCAAGAGAGACCAGGUCACCAGCAGAGAUGGUACAGGCAAGAUGUCCUCUGUUCCAGACAUCAUCUCUAACAGCCAGGAGCAGAGGUGCAGCAUGAAAGAUGAGGGUGCCCAAAGGAACACCAUGUGGAUGACAGAUUCAAGCAGCCAGGCCUAUUCAGGGCCAGAGGACAAUUCCACAGACCCACAUGAGACCCUGACAGAGACUUCAACUCUGACCUUUGUGGACAUCCACACCAUGGAGGACUCAGCAGAGAACCAUAGCCUUCAUGGGGUAGGGAUGGUGUACCUCAAGGAGUUUGUGCUGAUAGAUGAUGAUGAUGAUGGAGACAUGUCUCUAAGAGAAAAAACAGUGACAGACAUGUCCGUCAUGGAUGGAAAAGCUGCUGAACUGGUGUGUGGGAGGCUGUUGUCCACUUCCAGUGGAUCAUUGUCAGAGUGUAAGGAGGAAUCUCCAGCUCCUGAAGCACCUCCACCUGAGGCAGUUGAGACUGCACAUGAAAAGAAACGCUGCUGUUUCUGCACUGUUUUAUGACCAAGCAGGAGCCUGCAGCAGUUUGUCUCCAAGAUCAGGACUGUGAAACUGUCCGAGACAACUGAUAUGAUCACUCUGGGAAGACAUUUCUACAUACUGGGUUUAUAUAUGUGUUGCUGUUGAUGUGCAGCAGAGCACAUUUAUAAGUAUGGUGACAAACUGGGGUGUGAGUUCGUUAAUGACUUCUUCUUUUACUCAAAUUUUACAGAGCCCUUAUUGGACAUUAAAAAUAAUCAAUUAAUAAACAGAUUUUUGUUUGUCUCAAAUGUCAGCCACUAAUUUGCUUUUGUAACACAAUUAUGGCAAUUAUGAAAUGUAUGUAUGCUGAGAAACGUAAUGCUUUAAGUUUUACAUUAAAAGUUUUUGAUCAUGUGGGUUAAGAUAAUCAUUUUCAAGUAACAAACAUAUCUCUUGAGUCUAAUAUACAAUUUUGAUACUAAAAAAUGCAUGUUCCUGUAAUAUUUGAUCUGAAUGACAGACUUUGUGAUAACUAAACAGGUCUACAAAGACCAGGUGCUAACAACAAAUAAAGAUAACUCCAAUGACCAAA